AUGGACUCCGUUGAGCCAGCGGAGUCGAUUACUCCUCAAUCAGCGUUCGCCGCUAAUGGCGGUGCCAAUGGUCGCGACACCGAAUAUUCAAUCGCUGACGAUGCCCGUUCGAGUAGCCUGAGCGACCUUGAUGAUGCUCUAGAUAACGACCAUCUGGAUAUUGAAUCCCCCAAACUUGAAAAGCUUGCGAGUGAAAUCGACUCAGAAGCCGAGACGGAACGGAUCGAAGAGUCUCCGAGCCACCCUCGAAACCGCACCAACAUCGUAUUGAAUGCGGCAAACCACGAAGGAAAGCCAGUACCAAUGGCGUACUGGCUACCGAAAAUGCUGCUACCACUGAUGGACGUGAACUUCUAA